AUGCUAAUGUGUUUAAGGUGUGGACUUUGAAUAAUUUGUUUGUCGACAAGAAGCAUUCAACUGUGCUUUAAAAGCGUCUAGGCACAGAGUGCAAGUACAUUAAUCACAAUCGACAAUCAAAGAAACGAAUUGUUGUAGAAAUAAUUUUUAGUUAACUUAAAAUGGCUUCUCGACCGAAGGGAUUUGGUAUGACGGCCGAACUAGCGGCAAAGAAAGAUGCAAAAUUCAACCCUGCACUGGAACGGGAAGCGUUAGACUUUAUUGAAAGCAAGACUGGUCGCAAGUGCGAUGGAGCAACGCAGGCAGCCUUGAAGGACGGUGUUCUUUUGUGCCACUUGGCCAAUGCAAUCAGACCAGGAGCAGUCAAAAAGAUUAAUGAGUCGAAGAUGGCCUUCAAAAUGAUGGAAAAUAUUGGGAACUUCCUGACAUUUGCUGAAUCAUUAGGUUGUGCAAAAAGUGACUUAUUUCAAACAGUUGAUCUGUAUGAAGGUCAAAAUAUACCUCAGGUCAUCAAUGGAAUUCUGGCCAUUAAAAGAAAGCUCUCUGGAGGAGAGUCUACGCCCAAUGUCCGAAACUUCUCAGAAGAACAGCUCAAAGCAGGCAGAAAUGUCAUUGGUCUUCAAAUGGGAACUAAUAAAGGUGCAUCUCAAGCUGGCAUGUCUGCUCCUGGAGCUGUCAGACAAAUACGUCACGAAGAUAAUAUGGACAGAUCUGCCAAAUAAUCACGAACUUUCCAUGACUUUUUCAAACGUUGAACACACUUAACUAAUUUACUCGUCAUAUGGGGAUAAUACAUGUAUAUUUUCUAGUAUAAACAAUUCAUAUUAAAUCAUUGAAACAACAA